UAGAGCAUAAGUCCUGUAGAAGAAAGGAGAAGCUGAAACCAUAAUUUAAAAAAAUAAAAGCAACAACAAAAAGAAAUGAUCACAGAUCUGACUUCCUGAGGAGAAACUUUAGGCCAACAUUAAUUUCAGUUCAAGCAGUUUUGAACUCCACAAUGAGGAUAUAUUUUACAACUAUUGUCUGGUUGCUGGCAGUCAGAGGAAGUUUACCUUCAGAAGUGAAGAAUAAUGGAGAAUCCCUCAACACUCCAUGCGAAAGUGCAACAGUGGACAAAACAUCAUACACUGGAGAUUCUGUUUCCUUCACCUUCAAAUAUCCACAAGCCGAUAAAAACAGCAUCAGACACUUCUGCAGCCUCGAUGGAAACAACAGCUGCUCAAAUAUAAUUUCAGUGCAGUUUUCAAGCUUCGCAGAACUGGCAAAGUUUUCCCUCAGCGAUGAUAAGCAGCAAGGACUGUACCAGGUGAACAUCUCCAUGGUGACUCAGCAGGAUUCGGGCAAAUACUGGUGUGCCUUGAAAACAGAUGAUUUCAACACUUGUUUACAGGAAGUCGUCCUCCAUGUUCUGACCACAGGAAGUUUACCUUCAGAAGUGGAGAAUAAUGGAGACCUCUUCAACACUCCAUGCGAAAGUGCAACAGUGGACCAAACAUCAUACACUGGAGAUUCUGUUUCCUUCACCUGCAAAUGUUCACAAGCCGAUAAAAACAGCAUCAGACACUUCUGCAGACUCGAUGGAAACAACAGCUGCUCAAAUGUAAUUUCAGUGCAGUUUAAAAGCUACACAAAACUGGUAAACUUUUCCCUCAGCGAUGAUAAGCAGCAAGGACUGUACCAGGUGAACAUCUCCAUGGUGACUCAGCAGGAUUCAGGCAAAUACUGGUGUGCCUUGAAAACAGAAAAUUUCAUCACUUUUUUACAGGACGUCGUCCUCCAUGUUCUGAGAACCCACACAACAACAACAACAACAACAGCCCAUGAAAAUGGAAACCAAGCAACAACAAAAGGAAUGAUUGCUGGUAUUGUGUGUGGUGUCGUGAUCGUGGUGGUGCUUGCAAUUGUCUUAAUACUUUGCAGACGGAAACUCUGCAACAGACAAGGGGAAACAUCGGAGCAGAGUACAAACACAAUACAAAGCCCAGAGGGAAAAGAUAGAGAUCACCAAUAUGAAGAGAUACAGAUCCAGAAACAACAAGCAAACACAGCCAGCACUCUUUAUUCUACAGUGAACCCACCUGCAGACCAGCUGCACUACGCCAGCGUCAAUAUCCAGGGCGGAGAUCCCCCCACUGGUACUGAUCAAAAUCCCUCUGCAGAUCCUCCAGCAGUGACCACUCUCUACUCUACCGUCAAAAAACCUGGAGAAUAGAGCAGCCAAACUUCCUGUUUUCUGAAACAUGUUGUAGAGAAUUUUAUCUUUUUCUUGGUAUGUAACAGUGGCGUCCCCAAAGGGGAGCAGAGAGAGGAACCAUUGAAACAUGCUGGCCACCACAAUGGUGCCCCAGAGAAAUUUAGUUCAAAUCUUCUUCAGUGAAGACAUAAAUGUAAACAGGCAAAGUAAAUAAAUGAAAUUCUAUAUUUUUUGUGUCUGUGACGCCCUAAAAUGGGCACCCUAUGAGAAUUUUCAGGGGCGCCUCUGAGACUUGGAGAAAGGGUGGAUCAAACCGCUGCAAGGAUUUUAAAGAAGGAAUGUCUUUGUUCAGGGAACCUUUUGAUUUCUUUUACUCCUAACCCAGACUUUAUGGGAUGGUGGACUUGAGGUGUUAGUGAACUAUGGGAAAUGUAGGCUGGAAUGGACAUGCUGAUUCUUUGUUUUAUUUGCCUGUGAAUAAGUGGAACUCUGCAGCUCUGGAGUUGGAACUGCAUCUGGAGUUUUUAUUUUACUAAUUUCAUGCAUUAAUGUCUAUUCUUUGGCCUUUUUGUCUUGAUUUUAGAUUUCUUGUUUGACUUCUAUCAAAUAUUGUAUCAGAAUUAAAAGCUAACUUCCCUUCAGAAAUAUUUUUUCCCUUAUUUGACAUGUAUUCUGAACCUGAGCUUCAUAAAUCACAAUGAAUUGCAACUGGAAAAGAAUCUUAGUAUUUUAUUUUUAAGAAAAAAAUAAUAAUUUUAUUACCCAUGACAUAUAUUCUUAACAAGA